AACACUACACUACACCCAAGCAAAAAAAACCAGAGACCAAUUUCUCGUUUUCCCUUUUCCAAUCUCCACGUGAAAUCCGAAACUCUCUUCUUCUUCUUCUUCUUCUUCUUUCAAGGCCAUGCCUUUUCCAUGCACCAGAUUCUCAUCAAGCCCUCCCUAAAAUCUGAUUCUUCUAAAAGCGCUUCCAAAAAAAUUUUCCCUUUUUUUUUCCUUUAAUUUUUUCAAUUAAUUCAUAUUUUCAUGACCCAUAUAUGAAAACAGAAUGCCCUCGCCCUGAUCAUGGAGAGCAGCCCAUUCCCGGCCUUCUCCGGAGUUUCUUGGCCACCUGGCGCCGGUGGUGGACGACUAGGGUUUGCUUUUAGGGCUUUGAAGAACUAGUGACCGACUUUCCCGAAGGAAAAAAAAGGGAAAAAUGGAGGAAUAUAAUCACCUAAACGAGAACUCAAAUCCGAGAGGAAAUUUCUUGUACGCGUCACCGGUUGUUGCGGCGAAUUCUUCACCGGGUAAUUAUGGGAGAUCCACGAAUCCGACGGCUCAGACGGCUCAGAUGGGUGUUAAUACGUUCCAUCUUCAACCGGGAACCGACUGUUUCCAAACCGACCAAUCGCACCCGAUUGUGAAGACCGAAGCCAGUACUUCGCAGCACCAAGUCCUCAAAUUCCACUACCCUUUGAUUAGAGGAGGGCAGCCGACGACAUGUCGUCCCGACGACAACGCCGUUGUCGACGUUGAAGCCAUUAAGGCCAAAAUCGUUGCUCACCCUCAAUACUCCAGCCUCCUCGAAGCCUACAUGGAAUGUCAGAAGGUGGGUGCUCCGGCGCAAGUGGUGGAGCGGCUGGCGGCGGUGCGGCAAGAAUUUGAGGCUCGGCAGCGAUCUUCUAUGGUGGCGGGAGAGAUCACGAAGGAUCCAGAACUUGAUCAAUUCAUGGAAGCUUACUACGACAUGUUGGUGAAAUAUCGGGAGGAACUUACGAGGCCAAUUCAAGAAGCCAUGGAUUUCAUGAGAAGGAUCGAAUCUCAGCUCGGUUCCCUCUGUAACGGCCCCGUUCGGAUCUUCAAUUCCGACGAAAAAUGUGAGGGUAUGGGAUCAUCUGAUGAGGAUCAGGACAAUAGUGGCGGAGAAACCGAACUACCCGAGAUCGACCCACGUGCCGAGGAUAGAGAACUGAAGAACCACCUACUGAGGAAGUACAGUGGCUACCUGAGCAGUCUCAAGCAAGAACUUUCCAAGAAAAAGAAGAAAGGCAAACUCCCAAAAGAUGCAAGGCAGAAACUUCUUAAUUGGUGGGAGUUACACUACAAAUGGCCAUACCCUUCAGAGACAGAGAAGGUGGCAUUGGCUGAAUCCACUGGGUUGGAUCAGAAGCAAAUAAACAAUUGGUUCAUAAACCAAAGGAAGAGACACUGGAAACCUUCUGAGGAUAUGCAGUUCAUGGUGAUGGAUGGCCUCCACCCUCCCAACGCCGCCCUCUAUAUCGACGGUCACUACAUGACCGAUGGCCAUUAUCGGCUCGGACCGUGACCGUAACGUUGCUAAACCAGUCAGCAGAUUUGCUAUGGACGGGAGAAGGUUAAUUUCUUUAUAUAAUCCAACCUAAUAGUGUGACAAAUAAUAAUGUUGUGUGGUUUUGAGAGAUAAUUUGGUUAAGUUAUCUUCCUUUUUUUCCCCCUACAUUAUAUCCAGCUGCCAAUAUCAGAAAGUAUAUAACUCAAAGUAGUUGAUAUGUUUUUCAAUAUUCUUAUUUUUUUUC